AUGUCGAAGCACCAAAAAGUUUGUGUUAUAACGGGAGCAAAUUCUGGCCUUGGAUACGAAACAUGUGAAAAAAUGGCUGCCUUGGCGUAUGAGGUUGUUUUGGCCUGCCGCAAUCAGUCGAAAGCAAAAUUAGCCAUAAACCCAAUCAAAAGAAAUGUUCCUAAUGCUCAACUUCUUCAUAAGAGCUUGGACUUAAUCAGCUUCGAAUCGAUUGUAAAAUUUUCAAAAAACUUUCCGGAGUCGAGCAAAAAGCGACUGCAGGGAACAAAUAUUACAUGUAAUAUUGUGAAUCCAGGCAACUUCAUCCGUGACACCAGUCUUUUUCGAAACCAAAAUUAUUUUUGA